ACCUCACUUUAUUCAGCCAUUAAACGUUGGAGAGGAACAAUCGCGAAAACGAUUCAAAUUUAAACCUGCAAGAAAAAGAUAAGGAAACGUUUGCAGAAGUCGCUAUCAUGUAUUCAGUAAACAUUUUCAUAUUCAGUUCGGUGGCGUUGAUGUGCUUUUCCACGAUGAACGCCAAGCUCAGUAAACGUAGCCCAGACCUGCCAUGCAACGAAGAAAAUUUCGGCCAACGAAAAUUGAUUAAAGACGAGGAUGGCAGGGAAAAUUUCUUCAUUUGCGCUAAACGAAAUGGUGUUUAUAUGUUAAAGAAGGAAACAACGGAAGCUAAGGUUCGUGAUGAUAAUGACAAUUAUGACAUGAUGGAUGAUAUCUUAUUAAAGAGGGAAGAUGCUUCUAAAUUCUUCGAACGUAAUCGCCGUGGUUUGAAUCAUGAAUGUUAUGCUGAAUGCUGUAACUGGGAGGAAGUUCGUGAACACUACGAACACGACAUAGCCGCUGCACAAAAUUACUGGAAUAAAUAUAAUCAUUGGAAGAGCAGUAAUGGCCAUUGCUAGUAACUCG